AUGUGGAAUCCCGACUCGACCAACCAAUCCUCCAUGACGCCGCAAACAAGAAACCGGGAGCUUGUAAGAGUUACUGUGGUACACAUCAACGUUCUGGUAUUGCUGCCCGAAGACGGGAAGCUCCAGAUUUAUUGCCAUACUCUUGUCGAACCAUCAUUCUUCUCCCCAGUUGUCCGCUCCCGCUUCUCCGACUGCGGCACCAUGUCCGACGCCCUGGAUGCAAACGCGCCCAACACCCCGCGGUCAGAGGACGAGUUGUUCUGGGCCAUACACGCGAGCAACCGAUUCAGCAUGUCCAAGCGCCACCUCUUCGACUCCCCCGACGGCCUCGUCAACAAGGCGCUCCGGGGCCUCAUCCGCUAUAACCCCAGGCUCAGCCUUGACGAGGCCAACCGCGUCGUCUUCGACUCGGAGCACGACCGCUCCAAGGUCGUCCUCAUCUCCGGCGGCGGCUCCGGGCACGAGCCCGGCUGGAGCGGCUACGUCGGGCGCAACAUGCUCGCCGCCGCCGUGCAGGGCGACAUCUUUGCCAGCCCGAGCACCAAGCAGAUUGUCGCCGCCGUCGACGCCGUCCCCAGCGACGCGGGCACCAUCCUCGUCAUCACAAACUACACCGGCGACUGCCUGCACUUUGGCCUGGCCAGCGAAAAGGCCAACGCCGCGGGCCACCGCUGCCGCACCCUCAUCUGCGGCGACGACGUCUCCGUCGGCCGCACGGGCAGCCUGGUCGGCCGCCGCGGCCUCGCCGGCCAGAUUGGCGUCCUCAAGGUCAUGGGCGGCGCCGUCGGCGCCGGCGCCUCGCUCGACGACGUGUACGACCUCGGCCUCGCCUUUUCCCAGCAAAUCGUCUCCAUCGCCGCCACGCUCGACCACUGCCACGUGCCCGGCCGCGCCGAGCACGCGACGCUCCACGACGACGAGGUCGAGCUCGGCACCGGGCCGCACAACGAGCCCGGCCACAAGAAGCUCUCGCCCGCCCCGUCGCCGCAGGACCUCGUGCGGCAGAUGCUCGCCCACUGCCUUGACGAGACGGACCCCGAGCGCGGCUACGUCAAGUUCGCGCCCGGCGACGAGACCAUGCUGCUCGUCAGCAACUUUGGCGGCAUGUCGCACCUCGAGAUGGGCGCCCUCGUCGACGAGCUGCUCGAGCAGCUCGAGCGCGACUGGCAUCUCGACCCGGCGCGCGUGUGCGCCGGCUUCCUCGAGACGUCGCUCAACGCGCCCGCCUUUUCCGUCUCCGUCAUCAACGUCACCGCCGCUGCCCGGGACUGCCGCUACUCGGUCGCCGAGAUCAACGCCUUCUUCGACGCGCGCACAGACACGUGCUGGGAGUCGGUGGCCGGCGCCCAGGCCGAGCGCCGCACGCGCGGGGAGCAGCUCGUGCGCGCGCCCAAACCGGCGCCCAAGACGGUCGACGACGCGCGCGACCUCAGGACCGACCCGGCGCUGCUGGAGGCGAUGCUGCGCACCGCCUGCGAGGACCUGGUCCGGGCCGAGCCCGACCUCACCAGGUGGGACACGGUCAUGGGCGACGGCGACUGCGGCGAGACGCUCAAGACGGGCGCCACAGCGCUGCUGGCCGCGCUCGACGCGGGCCUCGCGCAAAAGGGCUCCGUCGUCGCCGUGCUACUCGCGCUCGAGGACAUUGUCGAGAGCAAGAUGGGCGGCACGCUCGGCGGCAUCCUCGGUAUCUUGUUCGUCUCGCUGCGGGCCGCGGUCGAGAAGCACCUUGCCGUCGCCGCGUCGGACGGGCCCGUCGCGCUCUGGGGCAAGGCCCUCGGCGCGGCGCUCGAGAACUUGCGCCGCUACACGCCCGCCAAGGUCGGCGACCGCACCGUUAUGGACGCUCUCCUCCCGUUUGCCGCGGCCAUGGGCGGGUCAUCGGGUUUUGACGGCGCCGUCGAUGCUGCUGUCAAAGGGGCUGAGGCGACCAAGACCAUGACGCCACGCCUGGGCCGCGCGACCUAUGUCGGCCUCGGCAGCGGCGGCACGAGCCAGGAGCUGCCUCCCGACCCUGGUGCGUGGGGAGCCAUGGUUGUCAUUGCUGGUCUGCACAAGGCAUAUACGGGCAACAAGUGA